GUCUGAUCUCCGACUUACUUACGGCGUCAGUGGCUUUCCUCUGCUCGUCCAACAGCAUCAUGCGAGAAGCAUCAGCAGCAGAGGGCAGUUUGGAGCAGAGGACGGCACGAAUAGAGCGCCACGUUCAGGAACUCAGGCAGCAGUGCCAGCAGCUGCAGCAUGACGUCGUGCAGGCGAGGGAAGACUCAUUCAACGUCCUCACCGAUGCGCGCAGACCCGCCCCAGCCCUUAUUCCAUCCAAUGGCGGCCGAGUGGACUUCGAAAAGUACCUGCGGACACUGCUGGAGAGCAGCCAGAGGCAAACAGGACAGCUUCAGACAUCGCAGCCGUCAUCGGGAGUGGGAGUUCUGAGUGGCGCAGCGACCAACCCUUAUGAGCCCCUUCCGCCCAGCACACACGCUGCCCACGCGGCUUCCGCUUCCGUGGCUGUGACUGGGUCUAUCCGCGUGGCGCCAUGUCCCCCUUCCCAGCGCAUUGUCCGUGAUGCGUAUACCCAGACCCCUCCCCUCUCACCUCGCCCUGCCCCUCGACCACAUGCGCCGGCUGCGCAUGCUCGUCCGUCCUCCUCUCCCCAGAGCGACACCGAGGCCGUCUCCUCAUCGCAGGUCGGUCGGGAGAGGCCGUCCAUGCCCCUGCUGCCCCCCAAGCGCACCUCCCCCCCUCGGCCGGCCUCUCCGCCCGCCCCCGCAUCCAAGAAGAAGGGCGGUGGCGGCAUGUAUGCCGCCCAGUACGGGCUCAAGGACCACGUGAGUACCGGUGCAGCGUUUGGGAGGAGCCAGGGGGCGGAGGCGCUGCGUGUCAUGGGGAGAAACGUGUCACCGGGGAGGCCUCCUGCGAGCACCGCAGGGGCGCUCAGACCCGCUGCUGUUGAGGUGCCGUCGACCGUUGCUUCCAUCCCAUGUCAGCCGGCGGAAGUUAAACGAGACCAAGGGGCGAGUACAGAGGGGCAGCAGGGAGGGCCGGGCGUGUUGGUGCCAGAGAUAAUAGUGGCUGCCCCAGCCGCCGUUAUCGACCAGGUAGAGCAACACCCCCACCGCGAGCAAGAAGCGCAAGAUCCCCGCGUGACGGCUCAGCCAAUCGACGCGUCUGCUGAGCCAAUCCCUGAAAUCGUCCACGCGCCGAUUGCUGCUGAUGCGACCGUCGAGAGACCGUCAGCCGAUGCUGGGGCACAGCAGGGCGGCGCCGGCAAGCAGCCAGUGGUAGAUGAGGGGACGCGGGGAGGCGUCGACACGGCCGAUGUUGGUGCUAGUGUUAGUGUUAGUGUUGGUGGCGAUGGUAGCGAGCUGGUGGAUCUUGGAGGUUUGGGCACCCGUCAUCUGGCGUCGGGUGGACUGGAGAAGGAGAGGGCCAUCGGACCUCUGCACUUGGAGAGAAUGAAACAGGUGGGGAGUGACACAGACGUCCGCACAUUAGUGCUUUGUCUCGCCUUUGUGUAUGCCUGCCUGCCUGGCUGCCUCCCUGCAUGCCUGCAUGCUAUGUCAGGUGUUCCAUCGCAUUGACUUCAACGGGGAGGAUUCGGUGCUGCCGUAUGUCUUCACGUCAGCACUGCGCGCCGGUGAGGGACGGAAGAACGAUGCCGAAUAGAUGGAUGGACGUUGACGCACCCCACCUUCUGUGUGUCCUUUUCAGACCCUGACAUGGCGCAGUGGGGCUCCCUAGACGUGAUAUCGGAGCACCGCGAUCACAAGACCACUUUCGAACAGGUACGGAAGGCAUCCAUAAUGCUAUCGUGCGUCGGUAUGCACACCUGAUCCGUUCCCUGUUCCCAUCAGGCACUGCGGUAUGUCGAUGCCCUCAAUCUGCCUCGUCUGUCAUGGGCAUCGUUCACAGCCAACCUCACCCAGGCAGCCGUCGACUCACCUCUACCAGCCACGUCGCAGGCCAUGCAUCCGCCAGCUGGCGAUUCCCGCGAACCCCCGCCCCAUUUCGGCGUCGAGGACGGCACCCAUGGAGAGGAGAAGGCGACCCCUGUGAAUGAUGGGGCGGCGCUGCCCCCCCUGCCAUUCGACAGUGACAAGAACCCACAACUCGCCAUCCGAUGGAUGGAGCAGAACCUAGGUGAGCCGCGGAGGGAGGGAAGCGCGAGGAACAAGACACGCAGGCGGGAGAAUGUCCUCUAUACUUUGGGUGCAGGCGUGGAUGGGUCGACGCUGCACCGUCUGUUCGACGUGUUCAAGCACCUGAGGGUGCCCCCCGAGUCGUCGUGCAUCAAGACGGAGCGGUUUUUGCGCAGCCUGGACCUCAACACCAAGCUGCGGGCGCAGCUGUUCCUCAAGCCCAUCUUCAUGCCGGGUCGUGACCUGGGUCCCCAGCCAGAGGCGAGGGGGCAGCGGGGGCUGUGGCCGGACAGGGAAGGCCCCGUGUGGGCGGAACUCAUACCCGCCAUCAACCGCAUGGACAAACAGGUCCGUCAAGAGCGCGCAAAAGAGAAGAAAAUGGAACGAAAAACGUGUCUGCAUGUUGGUUUUCCUGCCGUCCAUCAGGACCUGUAUUGGUCAGACAUCAUCCACAUCGUGCGGACCAAGAAGGCCGACCCCCGCCCAGAUGUCCACCGCCCCUUGCCCCAAUCACCGCCCCCACCCCCACCAGCACCGGAAGAGCAGGCGGCGUCGCCCUUGUCUUUCGUGCAGGAGAUCGCCUCAAAGAUCGAGGGCGCGUUUGACAUGGUGGCCCAAUCGGUGCCCCCGCCCCCAGAGCUGCCCACUCGCAAUGCCAUCACCGACGUCCCCGCUCGGGUAUCCGACAGAGGGCAGCCGCAGACACGGCCAUCGGCUGCCGGCCGUCCGCUUUCCGCCGACGUGUCGCCAUCCAAGACACUGGAGUUCACCGUGGAGCUCGGUACAGACUUCCAGUCGUUCAUGAGCGGCCACGACAUGAACGAGUGGCGUCUUCGGCUCCACCUGGCGGACUUUCUCGGCGUCUCGCCGACUCUCGUCCACUGCCAGGGGGUCACUGCGGGCGCCGGAGAGGUCUUCGCCGCGGCGGCGUCGCCAUCGACCCUCAUGACCUUCACCGUCCACCCAGAAGCGCACCUGGACCGGCACACGCUCACAGGGCGGCUGCAGGGCCAGGAGAAGGCAAUUGAGCGGGAGAUCGAGCACCCUAUUCUGCACAUCUCGAUGCCCGUGGAGGCCCCGGCGUCGCGGCCGCCGUCUGUGGUGGUGGGGGAGCCCGAGAGGGGGCCGAGGGGCGAGGUGGGGUCGAUCCUGACGCAGCGGGGUAGAGGGGUCCCCCCGACAGCAUGGGAUGAGAGAGAGGAGGAGGAAUACAGGAGGUGACCAUGACAUGACAUGGCAUGCACAAACAGCCGGGACUAUCCCCUUCUCAUCAAACUGUGUGAGUUUUUGCUUUCAGGUGGCGGGCUGCCCGUCGGGAGAAGCAGCGGCAGGAGGGCGGGGCCGUCCGUGUGGGAUCGGCCCGCAUGUCGCCACGUCCGAAAGGGAGCGCAAGAGACGGCCACAACGCCCACCGCCCCUCGUCGGUGCGUGAGAGGAGCGUCACAGGCGGUUCGCAGAGGCAGCGUGUGACGGUGCCACAGCCGUUCACUUUUGAGGUCCGUGAGGCGGCUAACAAGAGGCGGCAGCAGAUACUGAUGAAGCGCAGAGAGGUGGGAAUGAGGGCGGGGAGGCAGGUGGACGGUGUAUGUGUAUUUGUAUACGUGUGAAUGAAUGACUACAGUUGGAGGAAGAGCGUCGUCAGCGCGCCGAGGACGAAGCCCUCAAACACCAGCGGCCAUUCCACGCAAACCCCGUGCCGCCGAGCGUACACGUACCCAGAUACGAAGCCAUCCCAGUGAGCACCUCCCUCCACGAACAGACAUGCCUUCAGUCAUCCAGAUCCGUCUGUCUCUCCAUGUCUCACCUGCAGGCUACCGAGGGGCGGCGUCACGUGCGUGGCGAGGGGCGCGUGGUGCCCCCGAGCAGUGACAUGACCACCUUCCCUGAGAGAGAGGAAGAGAGGUACCGCAGCGGCGGCAGGAGCAGGGACAGGCGGGCUGUGCAGUCCCCCUCCACGCCGCCCUUGCCGGCGCACCGCUUCCGGGCCAACCCGGUGCCCCUCGUCGUCACCACGCCGCUCUACCAGCGAAUGAAUGACCAGAAAGGUACAAACAUACACACUCGAGACCGAUCGCAGCUCGCGACUGGGACUCUCUCUCCCCUUUUGUGUGUGUUGGUUGCACUGCAGAGCGUGCGCGUCGCGAGCGUGUGUCGAAGCGGCGGGAGGAGGUCAUGCGAACUUCCAGAAUGCCGCCCAGGAUGGAGCAGCGAUACCGGGAAGAAAUGUAUGUGCGGAUGCAUGAGCAUAUGAGCACAGCACAACGUACGUAUGCGUACCGCUCCUUUUUCCCCUCCAUAUGUCAGGGCAAAGCGGGGCCUGACAUCCCCUGAGCAGCCGCCCCCGCCCCCAAGCACCCAUGCACCCCCCGUCGUCCCUCACACGCCCCCCCGCCCCCACCGCCCAGCACGCGCCGCCCAUAUGGACGUGCCCAUCUCUCUCUCCCCAUCGCCCGUCCGCUCUCCCGUCAUCGAGCAGACGCGGCCAUACACCACACAUGGGCAGCCACGACCCUCAUCCCCGCCACCAGCGGCAGCAGGAGCAGCAAUACGAGAUGCGGACGACAGGGCAAUGGCGAUGUUGCUGGCGGAUGGCGGCGACCGUGGCAGUGGCGUGGAAGUGGGAUUGGGAGCGGGAGGGCUGCCCGCCCACACCCAGUCGCUCACGCUUUUGCCGGGACGCGACGAUGCACUCGGUCAGUGAGUGAGGGAGCGAUUGAUGAUUGUACCAACGGCCUGCCUGCACCCUGCAUACCUAUGUGUGGGUCUCUCUCUCUUGUAUCACUUCCUCCCUCCCUACCAUGUCAGGUGUGUCGUCAGCGCCUCCCCGCAGCGCCACCCCCCCUCCCUCCUUCGACCGCCAAAUGCACACGCCAACCCACACGCGUCAGUGGUAUCAAUACUCGACCACCGAGGUUCCCGACUUCCCCGCACUCCACCAGCGCUUCCAAGACGCGCUGGACCGGCGGGCACAGAGGCACCCGCCCACGCACCCACUGCCAUUCGUUUUCCAGCACGACUUAGAGCCAAUGCGGCAGCAGCAGCAGCAGCCACGCAGAGAGGGUGGUCGUGGGGCUGCGUUGGUGCCUUCGUCGGUGCGUCAGGGGACUGCGGAGAGGGAGCCGUCACGCUCGCCGGAGAAGACGCGACACGCGAGGCUGCCAGAUGCCAGCAGCAGGUGGGUGGGUGGGUGAGUGAGAGUGAGUAUGCGGCGUGCGUGUUCCCACAUCAAUGUAUGUGUCUGGAUGGUCUGUCUGUCUGUCUGUCACCAGGACCACAUUGAAGCUGCAGGCCGCCCAGCAACGGGUGCAGGCAUCACUGAGGCAGCGACAGAGCGAAGAGGAGGGGCGCAAGCAGGAGCUGGUCAGCCAUCCGACCGACCGACCGACACGCACUCACUGCAUGAAUGCAUGUAUGUAUCUAUGCAUGUCGUCUGUCUUCCCUCUAUGUGUGACGGACGGCUUGCUGCAGGCGAUGCGUCAGCUUGCGACUCGCCGGGGCUCUCCCCAGCUGCGCAAUCGGCUGCACCAGGCGCUCAGGGAGACCUUCGGACCGAUGGACCACACCAGAGACCAACACCUGUACGCUCACAGUCGUCUCCCUCACACCCACCCGACCGGCUGUGUGUUCUGUUACCAUUAUGAUGCCUUGCUUCGUUCAUGCAGGUACGACGAGCGUUACCACAAGAGUCUCGAUGAGGUGCGCUCGCGUGGCGAGGAGUGGAAGCAGCGGCUCAGGGACAUUAAGCAGAGGGUCGCCAACAGACCUCUGCUCAUGACCAGGCAAGGCAACACCCACAUGACAUGCACACAGACACACACCCACCCCUAUGCUUUCAUCCAUCGAUCGCUAUGGUGGAGUGGGGGCAGAUCUGCUCGUGUCAUGUGAGGCGCAUGUAUGUGGGUGUGCGCAGGACCCAGUUGGAGGCGUCCAAGCGGCGGUCUCGUGCGCGUGCGUUGCUCAAGGUGCGGGACACCCUCAAGAACACCGGCCUCUCCGACAAGGAAAUCGAGCGGUCCACACCCAAUUAUCCCAUCUCACUCACAGCACAGAGACGACGUGCGUUUCUCCGAUUGUUGUAUGCAUGUGGUUUGGUUCCUGCAGGCAUUUCAACGAGGAGGAGGAGUACCUCAUGAGCGCCGAAGAGGCUGCGAGUAGCAAAUACCCCACCCCGGCUCUCAAUCAGAUGCCACCGUCUUCGCCCCCUCCCAUGCUCACACAACAGGACGAUCAGUUGCAGCCCGAGGACCACCACGCCCACGCCCCAGUAGCAACAGCAGCAGCAGUGGCGGGAGGCGAUGAGCGUGCAGCGGCAGGGGAUGCCUUGGCUGGCGACUAUGAGGUUCGGGUGGAGGGGCAGCUGUCGACCGAGUACCAUGACGAUUUCGAGCCGCCUGACGAGCAGCAGCAUGACGUCGGACAGCCGGCUGUGACGAUGGGAGAGUGGCUUAGAGAAGGUGUGGCGGAGCAGCAGGGUGAUGAUGCCGUCUUGGGGUCGCUGCUGACUCCAUAGACAGACAGACAGACAGACAAAACACAUGGAGUUGUGUGGGUGUGAGCGACAGGCAUGGGCGAGGAAGUGAGUGCGGCGGGUGGGUCGGUAGGUGGGUGUCGGUGAUUCCGAUCCCCUGUCUGGCGAGACAUCAGUCAUGUUAGUUCGUUAAUGUACGUGUGGAUAGCGAUAGAUGGGCUGGACUGCUGUCGUGGGUGUGUGUGGCUGCAUGCAUGUACGCUGGCCUGCCUGCUUGCAUGUCACAUGGCACGACGAGCUUUUCACCUCACUCACGUUAAGAAGAGCUCGAUUAAGGACACUGUUCCGAUUUCUCUCCAGGUGAUCUGAUCCACCAU